AUGGCGAAUCUCAAUUUCGCUUACUCGAGCGCCCCUGUGCGUACUGUUGAGGAGAUCCAGUUCGGUCUCUUUUCCGCUAAGGAGUCUGAACGCCUCGCAGUCAUCGACAUCGAAUAUCCUGAGACGAUGGAUGAGCAACGCCUCAGACCUCGAGAGAAAGGUCCGAACGAUCCUCAUCUUGGAACAAUCGAUCGCAAUUUCAAAUGCAGUACUUGUGAAGAGAACAUGGCUGAGUGCCCUGGCCACUUUGGGGUCAUCAAGCUUGCUACUCCUGUCUAUCACUAUGGCUUCAUGGGUAAGGUCAAGAAGAUCUUGGAGACUGUCUGCCAUAACUGUGGCAAAAUCAAAGCUGUUGAUUCUGAAGAGCUCAAACACGCGUUUAAGAUCCGCGACCGAAAGCGAAGAUUUGAUGCAGUCUGGCGAUUGAGCAAGCCUCGAUUGAUUUGUGAAGCUGAUCCUCCUGAUGAUGCGGAACAACAACCCUUGAAAGGACCCGCUCCUCCCAAGCAUGGUGGUUGCGGAAACGCUCAGCCUGAGAUUCGAAGAACUGGUCUCCAACUGUGGGCAACCUGGAAAGCUCGAAAAGGUGAAGAUGAGGAAGACACAACCCCUGACAAGAAACGAAUCUUCCCAACGGAGGUUCUGCGUACAUUCCGUACCCUGACCGACGAGACACUCGAGUUGAUGGGCCUUAACCUGGACUACGCGCGACCAGAAUGGAUGAUCUUAUCUGCACUACCCGUUCCUCCGCCUCCAGUCCGCCCCAGCAUCAGUGUGGACGGCAGUGGCCAAGGCCAACGUGGCGAAGACGAUCUGACAUUCAAGCUCGGCGAUAUCAUCCGUGCUAACCAAGCUGUGCUUCGAACCGAAGUCGAUGGAACUCCUGAUCAUAUCAAGGUUGAUCUACAAGACCUUCUUCAAUACCAUAUUGCCACUUACAUGGACAAUGAAAUUGCUGGGUUGGACAAGGCCCAGCAUAAGAGUGGACGACCCAUCAAAUCAAUCCGUGCCCGUCUAAAGGGUAAAGAGGGAAGACUGCGUCAAAAUCUCAUGGGAAAGCGUGUUGAUUUCUCCGCACGUACAGUCAUCACCGGUGAUCCCAACUUGUCCCUUGAUGAAGUUGGUGUUCCACGAAGCAUUGCACGCACCCUGACCUACCCGGAAACGGUCACGCCUUUCAACCUCGAUAAACUCAAGCGUCUUGUCGCAAAUGGUCCAACUGAACACCCUGGUGCUCGAUAUGUAAUUCGAGAUUCUGGAGAGCGCAUUGAUCUUCGUCAUCAUAAACGAGCUGGAGAGAUGACCUUGCAGUACGGCUGGAAGGUCGAAAGACAUAUCCAAGACGGCGAUGUUAUUCUCUUCAAUCGUCAACCCUCUCUGCACAAGGAAUCAAUGAUGGGCCAUCGUGUUCGUGUUAUGCCUUAUUCCACAUUCAGACUCAAUCUUUCCGUCACAACGCCCUAUAACGCGGAUUUUGAUGGUGAUGAGAUGAAUUUGCAUGUUCCCCAGAGCGAAGAGUCUCGAGCUGAAUUGGCUAAUCUUUGCAUGGUUCCACUCAACAUUGUAUCGCCCCAACGCAAUGGGCCCCUCAUGGGUAUCGUGCAAGAUACUCUUUGUGGCAUCUACAAGAUCUGCCGUCGUGACGUUUUCCUCAGCCGAGAGCAAGUCAUGAACAUCAUGCUUUGGGUUCCCGAUUGGGAUGGAGUGAUCCCUCAACCUGCUAUCAUCAAGCCCAGACCUCGCUGGACGGGUAAGCAGAUGAUUAGUAUGGUACUGAACAAGCAACUGAACCUGGAACGAUUGGAUGCAAAGGGUGAAGACCCUUAUGUCCCAACCAAUGACACUGGGCUUAUGGUCCUUGAGGGCAACCUGAUGUUUGGUCUGUUCAGCAAAAAAUUCGUGGGAACUAGCGCUGGAGGUAUCAUUCAUACAAUUUUCAACGAAUUUGGGCAUGAUGCGGCAAUGGCCUUUUUCAACGGUGCGCAAACGGUUGUGAACUACUGGCUACUACACAACAGCUUCAGUAUUGGUAUUGGUGAUACUGUACCAGACGAAGGCACCGUCGAGAAGAUUCAAUACGCCGUCGAUUCGCGAAAGAAGGAAGUGGACGAGAUUGCCCAACGCGCGUACAACGAAGAUCUUGAGCCUGCGCCGGGUAUGAACGUGCGUCAAACAUUCGAAAGUAAAGUCAUGAACGCACUCAAUCAGGCUCGUGACCAGGCCGGUGCCGCAACUGAAGACAGCUUGAAAGAUCUUAAUAAUGCCAUCACCAUGGCCCGUGCCGGCUCAAAGGGUUCAACCAUCAACAUUGCUCAAAUGACAGCCAUCGUUGGUCAACAGGCUGUUGAGGGAAAACGUAUUCCUUUCGGCUUCAAGUAUCGCACAUUGCCCCAUUUUGCGAAAGACGACUACUCCGCCCCUUCAAGAGGCUUUGUUGAGAACUCAUACUUGAGGGGUUUGACUCCCACGGAGUUCUUCUUCCACGCAAUGGCCGGUCGUGAAGGGUUGAUUGAUACCGCUGUCAAAACUGCCGAAACUGGCUAUAUUCAACGACGUCUUGUUAAAGCCCUUGAAGAAGUCACUGUCAAAUAUGACGGGACAAUUCGAGACAGUCGUGGUAACAUUGUACAAUUCAUCUACGGCGAAGAUGGCCUGGAUGGUGCUCAUAUCGAAAACCAGAAGGUUGAUAUUAUCACGAUGUCAGAUAAGGCAUUCAAUAACCGUUAUGCUGUCGAUGUCAUGAGUGGCGACGUUUCUCUCUGGAGAGGCAAGUUGUUGCAGGCUAGAGAAAUUCAGGGUGACACGGAGUUGCAAGAGAUGUUCGAUGAGGAAUUGGAAGCUCUCCGAGACUCUCGAGACUUUCUGCGAAAGAUGGGCAAAGGCACUGAAGAUUCAAUGCAGCUCCCCAUGAACAUUGCACGAAUUAUCGAUCAGGCACAAAAGAAUUUCAAGAUCCGUCGUGGUGACAAGACAGAUCUUGACCCUCGCUACGCACUAAAUGCUGUGAAGCAGCUACUCGAUCGACUAGUUGUUGUCCGAGGUGAUGACCCGCUCUCUCAAGAAGCUCAGUCCAACGCGACCCUUCUUUUGAAGGCUCAGCUUCGAUCGCGGCUAGCAUUUAAACGCCUAGUCCUAGAGCAUGGAUUGAACAGACUGGCGUUUGACAACAUUAUUGGAGGCGUGGAAAGCCGAUUCAUCGCUGCUGCUGCCAAUCCUGGCGAGAUGGUAGGCGUGCUUGCUGCACAGUCUAUCGGCGAACCUGCCACUCAGAUGACCUUGAACACUUUCCAUUUCACUGGUGUGUCGGCGAAGAACGUUACACUGGGUGUGCCCCGUCUUAAGGAAAUUUUGAAUGUCUCACAGACCAUCAGAACCCCUUCAAUGACGGUCUACCAACUUCCAGAGAACGUUGGUGAUAAGGAGGCAGCCAAGCUACUUCGAAGCCGUGUUCAGCAUACGAAUCUCCGCUCCGUUGCAGAGACAUGUGAGCUCUGGUACGAUCCUGAUAUCCAGAGUACCAUCAUACCUGAAGAUCUAGACAUGGUUGAGUCUUACUUUAUCAUCCCCGAGGACACUGAUCAAGAUCUGGCUGCUCACUCAAAGUGGCUUCUUCGUAUCACUCUCAGUCGCGCGAAGCUCCUAGAUAAAGGCCUGAACAUUCAAGAUGUCGCUGCAAAGAUCAAGUCUACUUAUGGCAAAGAUCUUUCUGUCAUCUUCAGCGACAUCAACGCUGAUGAACAGAUCAUUCGAGUUCGACUUGUUCAAAACUACGGUAAAGACGAGGAUGAUGAGCGAAAAGAAGAUGAUGAGGUCCUCCGCCGGUUCUUGAACGAAAUGUUGGACCACCUCACAUUUCACGGUGUGCCGGGAGUCUCGAGAGCCUUCAUCGAUCAAAAGUCUCGUGCCAUCAUUGCAGAAGACAAUUCUGUGUUUAUGGCAAAGAGUGAUCCUCGCUGCAAUGAAUAUGUUCUGGAGACUAGUGGUAGUUCAUUCGCAAAGGUUCUGACCAUAGAGGGUGUCGACACUAGUCGCACCUAUACUAACCGGUUUACCGAGGUGUUUGAAGUUCUCGGCAUCGAAGCAACUAGAGCGGCUAUCAUGCGUGAGUUGACACAAGUGUUGUCAUUCGAUGGUUCUUAUGUCAAUGCGCGUCAUUUGGGCAUUCUCUGCGAUGUGAUGACUGCACGCGGCUAUGUUAUGGCUGUGACUCGUCAUGGCAUCAACAAAUCAGAUACUGGAGCUCUCAUGCGCUGUUCGUUCGAACAGACGGUGGAGAUCUUGUUAGAAGCUGCCGCCGCUGGUGAACUGGAUGAUUGUCGAGGUGUGUCGGAGAACUUGAUUCUAGGUCAAGUAGCUCCGGUUGGCACAGGAACCAUGGAAAUUCUGCUUGACCAGAAUCUACUGUCGACAGUAGUCACUGACAAUGCCAACCUCGGGCUCGGAGGUGCUAUUGGUGUUAAGGGGUCGCAACAACUUCUCGAAGGUGCAGCGACUCCAUAUGAUUCAGGAUCCCCUAUGCAGGACAACAAUUAUCUGGGUUCACCUGAUUAUGGUGCUUCUUUCUCUCCAAUCGCCGCAUCGGGCACCGAUGAAGCCGGAGGUCUCACGGACUAUCAUCCAGGAUUCGGUGGUGCUGGCGGGUUGAGUCCGUACAUGGCUCGCAGCCCAGGAGGUUACUCGCCUGCCAGUCCAUUUGGUGGCACCAGCCCAAGCUCUCCAGGCUUCUCCCCAACGGCUGGUUAUUCUCCUACCUCGCCUAUGUUUGGUGCUACAAGCCCUGGCUUUGGCCCGACCUCUCCGUCGUUCAGCCCGGCAAGUCCAGCGUUCACUCCAACUUCUCCAGCUUACUCUCCGACUUCCCCAGCACAGAAUUCGCCAACAUCCCCCAGCUAUUCACCAACUUCACCGAGCUACUCCCCCACCUCACCUGCCUACGGUGGAUCGCCGACUUCGCCGAGCUACUCGCCGACGUCGCCUGCAUUCAGCCCUACGUCCCCAACUUCACCUACAUCGCCAGUGUACAGCCCGACUUCUCCGAUGUACAGCCCGACCAGCCCGAUGUACGGUGGUAGUGGUGGCAAGGGGUCUUCGACCUCGCCUAGCUAUUCUCCAACUUCGCCAACGUACAGCCCGACCUCGCCGACCUCGCCAACCAGUCCAUCAUACUCGCCUACGAGUCCGAUGUACAACGCAUCACCACGCAGCCCUCAGAACAGAGCCACCUCCAUCACCAGCCCACAAUAUUCCCCGAACAGUCCUCAGUAUUCGCCGACCUCACCUAAGGAGGACUAA